GUUAAACAGGGCUCUAGACCUCCUCGUCCUCGCCUGCGACAGAAAGAGGCAGGAAGUCGGCGGGCUGCGCGUCUCAUCUUCAGCCUUGCCCAAGAAUCUCUCAAAGCCGGUGCCCGCCAGAGCGCCGCCCCAGAGCCCACGGGUGGGCCCGGCAGUCUCUGGGGCGCAUGGGGCGGCGCUAAUCGGGCUGGCGGCGCAGGCCAGGGGCCGCUCCAAUAUGAACCUCGUGGGCAGCUACGCACACCAUCACCACCAUCACCACCAUCACCACCCGCACCCCGCGCACCCCAUGCUCCACGAGCCCUUCCUCUUUGGUCCUGCCUCGCGCUGUCACCAGGAGCGGCCCUACUUCCAGAGCUGGCUGCUGAGCCCCGCAGACUCUGCCCCGGACUUCCCCGCUGGAGGGCCACCUCCCACAGCCGCAGCAGCCGCCGCCUCCUACGGUCCGGACGCGAGGCCCGGCCAGAGCCCCGGGCGGCUGGAGGCACUUGGCGGCCGCCUGGGCCGGCGGAAAGGCUCAGGACCCAAGAAGGAGCGGAGGCGCACAGAGAGCAUUAACAGCGCGUUCGCCGAGCUGCGCGAGUGCAUCCCCAAUGUGCCGGCGGACACCAAGCUCUCCAAGAUCAAGACUCUGCGCCUGGCCACCAGCUACAUCGCCUACCUGAUGGACGUGCUGGCCAAGGACGCACAGGCCGGCGACCCUGAGGCCUUCAAGGCCGAACUCAAGAAGGCGGACGGCGGCCGCGAGAGCAAGCGGAAAAGAGAGCUGCAGCAGCACGAAGGCUUUCCUCCUGCCCUGGGCCCGGGCGAGAAGAGGAUUAAAGGGCGCACAGGCUGGCCGCAGCAAGUCUGGGCGCUGGAGUUAAACCAGUGAGCGGAGGCCCACGCCGAGGACCCCGCCACGGCUGCCCGACCCUGGAGUUCCGGGAAAAGAGGAAGGCUGUGGCGAGUGCCAGGCCCUGGGUGCCAGGGGCUUGUAGGGGAGCAUACUGCCCAGCCUUGAUUGCGAGCAGGCAGGUCACUGGCCGCAACUACACACUUGGAUCACACGUGCAAUGUCAUUUGAAAUUGUUUUUAAUACAUGAAGAGAAAGAGAAAUAUAUAUAUAACCACCCCCACCCCCCACCCCCACCCCCACCCCACGGCAACCGGCAACCGAGAGGGCGGCACUUGGCUGCAUGAUUGGAGAAGGAGAGACUGCAGGACCCAAACGUGCUAAGAUGUACCCUUCCAACCCUUCUGGGGCGAAUUUAGAACCCCUAACGCCUUCCCCACUACGCUCUCUGGCUCUCUUUCUCACUCUCUUCUCAGCUUCAAGUCAAAACCCUCUAUGGGCUCUCCUUCCUAAUUAAAAUGCAAUAAGAGGAAUCAAUAGUUUUCUGCCAGGGAAAGAGAACCAAACCAGGAAGACGGAGGGCUGCCUUUGUUGUUCUUCUCCCUCAGACGUGAUGUUUUUAUUUUAUUUUUGUCACUGCACUCCCUUCUUAGUUCCGAGGGAAAUGUUCUUUCUUUACUUUUCUUUCCUUCCAGCUUUCGUUCUUUUUUCUUUCCUCUUUUUUCCUUUCUCUUUUCUUUCUUUCCCUCCCCUUUCCUUCCUUCCCUCCUUCCUUCCUAAAUAAAAGCUUUUCCCUAUGUUGAAAAGUUUUUAUGGAUUUAAACUACCUACCGUGCCUGCUGAGCUCAGGUGUUUGUUUAUCCCCCAUCCUCACCCUUUUUCUACCUCAAAUCUGUAUGACCAGUCACCGUCCCUUUCCUUUGCCAAAGCAGUGUCUAUGCUUUUGACUAAUAAAACAUUUUCUGAAAUCA